CCAGCCGCUAGAGGCCGAGCGCGAGGCCAACACUGACCCAGGCAUGAUGCUGUUAUUCCGGAAUGGCGAACGCUCGCGCACUGGGAUUACACCAGCAAUGAAGACAAACAGAGCGCGCAUCUUCGGGAAGCACUGAGAGCAACUCGACGCUAAACGUGCAUACAGCGAGAGACGGACGCGAGAGACAGACGCGAGCGGCGCGGAUCCAAGUGAAUGUCGCCGAAACCCGGCCAAUAACUGCGCCGCGAAACGAGAGCGCUCCGAGGCGGGCGUGUCGCGCCACGCGUGCAGAAGAUCGCGUGCGGAUCGCGCUGCUCGCCGGCGGUCUACCGCGCGCGCGUGAAGGUGAACGGCCGCGGCCGUCGGAGUCGCGUUGUGCGUCAGUACGCGGCGGCGGGGAUGCACGCCGUGCGGGCCUCGCGUGCACUGGAAGCAGCGGAGCUCGACCGGCGGAUUUUAUUUCGCUAAAAGCACGGGGUUCUGUGGGUUUGCGGGGGGUGUUUAGCGGAGCGCGCGUGCGAGCUGCUGCAGGAAUCUGACUGUCACACCGCUGGGAACCUUGCUGCUUAUUCAUCAGUGCAUGCACUUUACUUGCGUCCCACCAGUGUGUGUGUGUAAAGCGGCUGCUCGCGUCAUGUUCCCCAGCCUUUGCGUUUGGAAAGCUCCACUUGCAUUGCAUUGAAGUCAGUAGCUCCAAAGUCCAGAAUAACCUUGCUAAAACACUAGCACCGAAUCACCUCCGCCGCUAAUACGCUGCAGUGAAGCCACAGGGCACGGCAGCAAAGCUGAUUCUUCUCAUUCGGACCGCUUGUGUUGCCAUCCCCGCGGUCUGUUCGUGUUUUUAAAGCGAUCCUGAAGUGGGAAGAUGAUUCAGUCCGCGGGAAUCUUUGUUCCGGAGCUCCAGAGAGCAAACAGAAGUGUGGCGUAUUGAUCCUGCAUGUUCCCCUGAGAGAGAGUCUGGCUGUUCUGAAGCUGCCAAACACUAAGUAGUGAGUUUCACUGGGUUUAUGUGGACUUUUGGAGUUUGCUUAUUCAAUGGGACGAUGCUGGUGAGGAGGAUCACUGUGUUUCCCCCAAAGGAACUUUGACCCCUGAAGCGGCGAAAGGACAAAACUCACCCCAAGGAGUGGAGAGAGGAAAUAGGACUAACCCUACACUAAUGACAUGAUCUCAGACUGACAGAAAAACCACUACGCUAGUAAUCGGACAAACCUCACAGCCAUGAGUGUUCGACACCCGACCUCCACGCUGGAUAGGGCAGCCGUUAAGAAACAAACACACCUGCGCAGUCCUUUUGCUGCUUGGUUGAGCAGUUUGACGUUGGGAGACUCGGAGCGCAGGUCUUCUCCUGGCCAGCAGAGGGAGACGCUGUCGGAUCUCCCCUCAGACAACGCAGGGACGGGUUUAGUCCAAAGAUGUGUGGUUGUGGAAAGAGACAGUCUGGGGUUUGGCUUCACCGUCUGUGGCGAGAGAAUCAAACUAGUGCAGAAUGUUCGGCCAGGUGGAGCGGCGGUCAAGGCUGGAGUUCAGGAAGGAGACCGAAUCAUUAAGGUCAAUGGUUCAUUGGUUUCGUCCAUGUCUCAUCAGGAAGUGGUGAAGAUGAUCAAAUCCGGGACGUAUGUGGCGUUGACUCUUCAGGGACCGCCUCCUUCAGUCGUGUCCGUCCCGCUUCAGCCCCUCCCCGCUGACCUCUUGCCCAAUCACAGGACAGCACCUGGUGAAGCCCCGCCUCCUCCACCAACUCCACCCACAGGAAGCAGCACCCCGACUCAGAGAAUUACAGGACCCAAACCAUUACAGGAUGGCACUCGAUCAGAAGCUGUCGCUAGCUAUCUCACAGCUGGAGAAGGUCGGUUAUCGAUGGACUCCAGCGAAGGAGAUGCCGAGGCGUGUGAGAGUCCCUUCUCCUCCCCGUCCACCUUCCCCAGGAACCCUCUGCUCCGCCGGCAGGGAUCCGACACGCACCCCUCGGACUCGGGAGGGAAGACGCAGAUCAUUGGACCAGAGGAAGAAGAGGAGGAUGAUGGGUAUUCGAUCAAUGAGAUGGACGGCCCGUUUCAGGACAUCGAGCUGCUGAAGAGUCGUCCGGCUCACAUGACGGUCUUCAUGAGAUACGUGUUCAGUCAACUACUGGAUCCAAACCCGCUGUUGUUUUAUCUGUCUGUGGAGGCGUAUCUGGGCUCGAGCCCUAAAGACGCCCGUUCGCUCGCCCCUCAGAUCUGCUCGCACUUCCUGGACCACGAUGCCCCUGUGAAGAUUAAAGUCCGGGAGGAGUUUCUGACAGACAUAGAGAGUCGUCUGCACGCGCAGGAGGACAUCCGAGGGCCGCUGUCUGAGCUCCAGCAGCAGGUGCUUCCAGAUAUUCAAGAGCAGCUUCAAGACUACAGGAGCAAGCAGAUGAUGGGUCUGGGCUCUCUGUUCGGAGAGAGCGACCUGCAGCAGUUAGACGGAGACCCGGUGAAAGAGCGGCAGGUGGUGGACAAACAGGUGCUGGCGCUCUGGGACGUCCUCUCAAAACACGAGGAGGACAGAAGUUCUCCGCUAGCGUCUGCGGUUCAUCUGUAUCUCAGACACUCGGGCAUUAAACUCAGAGACUCCAAAGUGUUUCCCGGCUUGAUGUCCGAGAAGGAAAAGUGGCUUCCGUUCUUUCCUAAAGCUAAAAAGCUGAGCAGCGCCAGACGAGAGAAGGACGGAGACGACAAGAAACGAAAUCCCAUCCUGAAGUACAUCGGAAAACCCAGAAGCACGUCCCAGUCCAUUCGUCCUGGCAGCGUGAGAAACAUCAUUCAGCAGUUUGAGAAUAAUUCAGACUCCAUUGAAGAAGGGGACAGUGAGGGACAGCAGUUGUCUUCCAGCAGCUUUGGAGAGGACAGCAUGGACAGUCCGACCAUAUCGGUGCGUUUGGCUCGUAGCGAGUCUUUGAAGGCUCAGGGGGAGGGGCGUCGGCGAGGAGGCGGGACGGGGGCGGAGUCUGUCCCUCGUUCCCGUAGCGAUGUGGACAUGGAGGACUGUGAGGAGAGGGAGGGGCCGGGACUGAGGCCGUUACAUCACAGCGCCUCGUCUUCAGCCUCCAGCAGCUCGGCACGAUCGCUGGAGAACCCGACGCCGCCGUACACGCCUCGCUCUCAGCGCAGGAUGCUGGACGCUCCGGUGGCUCUGUUACCAGACGCGCCGGCUCUGGACGAGGACGUGAUCGACUCGCAGAACUGGCAGGAGACGGUUGAGCCGCACGUUCUGGCAUCACUCAGCUCACGGGAGAUCGACCGACAGGCCGUCAUCUACGAGCUGUUCACCACGGAGGCGUCUCACCUGCGGACGCUGCGGGUUCUGGAUCAGGUGUUUUAUCAGAAGAUGCAGAGCGUCCUCAGUCCAGAAGAGCUGUCCUGCAUCUUCCUGAACCUGCGCCACGUCUACGAACUACACGCGAGCUUAUGUGAGGCCAUGAAGAAGCGCAGGGAAUCGCCGGUUGUUCAGGGCAUCGGAGACAUCAUGCUGGCCAGACUGGAGGGAGAGGCUGGAGAUCAGUUCGAGGAGCAGGUGUCUCAUCUGUGCAGUCAGCAGAGUCAAGCGCUGGAGCUCAUCAAGAGCAAACGGCGCAAAGACCCUCGCUUCGCUCACCUCAUACAGGAGUGUGAGGCCAGUCCUCACUGCCGCAGGUUACAGCUGAAGGAUCUGCUUGUGGCUGAGAUGCAGCGCUUGACUAAAUACCCUCUGCUGCUGGACAAUGUCAUCAAACACACAGAGACGGCGUCUCCGGACCUGCAGCUGCUUCAGAGAGCUCAGGCCCGUUGCCGUGGGAUACUGCAGGCUGUUAAUGAGGUCGUCAGGGAGACGGAGCACCGGCAUCGGCUCGGCCAAUACCAGCGCAGGCUGGACCUGACGCCUCUGGAGCGGCUGGCCAAUCCCGUCGCAGCACAGUUCAAGAAUCUGGAUCUCACCACUAAGAGGAUGAUCCAUGAGGGGCCGCUCACGUGGAAAGUCAGCAAAGACAAAGCCAUCGAGGUGCAGGCGCUGCUGCUCUCGGAUCUGCUGGUGCUUCUUCAGAGGGCUGCUGACGAGCGGCUCGUCCUGCGCUGUCCGUCUCGCUCGCUGGGCGCUGCUCCAGACCUCAAGAUCCCCUUCUGCCCCAUCCUUCGCCUCGACUCCGCCCUCGUCCGCUUGGUUGCGACAGACAAUAAAGCGCUGUACGUGAUCAGCACGUCAGAGAGUCAGAUCUAUGAGCUGGUGGCCGGGACGUCGUCGGAGAAGAACACUUGGAAAGAUCUGCUGGAAAAGACUAUCGCCGCAGCGACUCGAGGAGCGGGAUCGAGCAAACAAGGAUCGCCAGUGCCGUCCUCAGAUGCGCGUUCAUCUGCCAAUCCAUUAGAUGCAUCGGAGUCGUCCGUGUGUCUGGAGCGGGACUCUGCCAGUGAUGAUGAAAGUGCUCUCACACCGACAGACGGAUCGGACGCACGCCGUCAUCAGGAUAGAGUCGGGUUCCUCCGAACCAAAGCUGCUGUCGCCGAAGCUGCUCUUCAGGACGUGGAAACUCUCCGGCAGCUGAUCUUCAGAGACCUUGAGGACGCCUGGAGUCAGGAUUCAGAUGACACGCCCACAAAUGAGACGGCCAAUGAAAGGAGUCCUUUGACAGACGGAGCAGGGACGGAGUUAUCUGAUCCCGCCCCCGGUGAGAGGCCCAGCCAAUGGGGGGAGGAGUCUGUAGAAGCUCCGCCUGUGGAGGCGCUGCAGUCGCCCGUGCAGGUGGUGAGGAAAGGAAACAUGUUUUAUCUGGUCAUGCCCAAAGAUCAGUCGAGCGCUCUCACAGACGAGAGCAGCACAGACGAGCUCAAAGACUCCGACGCAUCUCACAACAUCCAGCAGACUCCAGACAUGUCCUUCAUCAGCGAGGAAGAGGAACAGGAGACACCCUGCCUCUCUCCAACAGACCAAUCACUGACUGAGACCCUGAGUCACAGGGAAAGACUCGGCCAAUCACAGCCGAGCGUACAGCGACAUGUGAUCAAAAAUGUGGAUGAGAUCUUCAGCACCAUGGAAGAGCUGAUGAGGAAACUGCAGCACCUGCGGGACAUUGAAGCCGAUCACUACAAACUCCUGAAGAAGUUAAGAAAGCCCUCUCCUGUGGAUAAAAUAUCAAGCGAUCUUGUCUACAAGUCUCCCACAGCGGUCCGAAUGCCAUCACUGGACCGCGGAGCUGGAGAUGGUGAGGAAAACUGAUGUUUAAAGGCCUUUUCACACUGAACGCGAAGACGCUUUUGAUCCCUGUGGGGCUGAUCACACCAGCCACGAUCAAAACUACGCAUUUUUUGUGUCGAUUUUUUUUCCCCCGUCGCUCCGCGAUGAAACGGGCCGUCCAAUCAGAUUUGAGCUUAGAUCACGUGUCUGGAGCAGCUGCUCUUGCACAAAAGGGUGCGAGUGUUUCGAAAACCAGAGUAAACAAACACCGAAGAAGAGAGUGGAUGCUGAGUUCUUGUUAUCAGAAGACAUGCAUAGAAUGACACAGUAAAGAUGAAAUAACACUA